AUGGGACGAACAAGUAGCAGUGGCCGAAAGGGGACAGCAGUGGGGGAACCCAAGGCGUGGCCCAAGGAGCAGCUGCUCAAGGAGGCCUACGAGCUCCACCGGCAGCGCAAGAAGGCCCUCGCCCUCAACCCGCGGCCCAGGCCCGACUCUGCCGGCAGCGGCAGCGGCAAGCAGUCGGCCGGCGCCAACGCGCCCGCCCCGUCGCUCGCCACCUCACGACGCGACUCCAGCGGCACUCUGGGCGACGCCACCAAGCAGGCCCGCGCGUCGCUGGCGGCGGCACCGCUGGCGGGAGAGACAAAGGACACGGGCUUCAAGCGACCGGCCAAGCUACAGCGGAAGCUCGACGAAAUAAAGGAGAACCCUCUGGCGCCGGAGGAGAAGCCCGCCAAGAAGCGACGCACCUCCGGAGACGAAGGAAGGCCCACCGAGGAGCAGCCGGCUCCCUACUACGCCCCCUAUGCAGGAGGCUACUCUCGGGGCCACCUCGAGGAGCCCGUGGAUGGCGACUACUACCCCACCACCAUCUUCGUGGGCGGCCUCGCCGACGACGUCGAGGAGCGGGACCUCGAGCGAGUGUUCUCCCGCUUCGGCCCCAUUGACGCCAUCCGCCUCAUCAGCAACAAGAACUUCGGGUUCAUCAAGUUCAGGACGCCCGACGCGUGUCAGGCGUCGAUCCUGGGCAUGAACGGCGAAAUCCUCAACGGCUCCCGCGUGCGCGUCGAUCGGGCGAGGGUGGCCCGGCCCCCCUGGCAACGCCGGCCCUGGGGCGAACGCCGCCCUUACCCCCCGCGAGACGACGGCCAUGGCGGUGGUGGCGACGACUACUACCGAGGCGGUCCUCCCGAUGGCUCGGACUACGGGAGCGGAGGAGGCGGCGGCGGCGGGUACAUGCCGCGGGAUCGGGAGCGAGAGCCGCCCUACGGCCUGGCCUCCCUUCGGGGCGAGUCGACGCCGGUGCCCUUCCCGCCCACCCCGCAGCAGCAGCAGCAGCCCUACUCCGCCCCUCCACCAUCCGCCUCUUCCCCCUCCCUCGUCCCGCCUCAGCCCGGCAACCCGCCCCAACGCGACCGAUCGCCCGAGGGCAGCCCAGGGCUGGAGGCGGACUCAGGCGAGUCUUCAAGCCGGCGGGCUGUGCAGUACGACGACCUGUAA